GGCGGUGGGAGCAGCAUGAGCUGGGUGCUGCGCGCAGCCUGCGGGUUGGGCGCUGCCGCCGCGCGGUGCCGUGGCGGGCGGGCGCUGAGCCAGGCGGCCGGGGAGGGCGGCGGGGCCGAGGGGAGCGGCGGCGGCUCGGGGUCGCGAGAGGCGGUGGAGCGGCUGGUGCGGGAGCAUCCGGUGGUGGUGUUCAUGAAGGGCAGCCCGGCGCAGCCCCUCUGCGGCUUCAGCAACGCUGUCGUGCAGAUCCUGCGCCUGCACGGCGUGGAGGACUACCGGGCUCAUGACGUCCUGCAGGACCCCGACCUCCGCCAAGGAAUAAAAAACUACUCUAACUGGCCUACAAUCCCCCAAGUAUUCCUCAAUGGUGAAUUCGUUGGUGGUUGUGAUAUACUCCUCCAGAUGCAUCAGAAUGGAGAUCUUGUAGAAGAGCUGAAGAAAUUAGGUAUCCGUUCAGCACUUCUGGAUGCAGAAAAAGACCAAGACAAAAAAUAAAAUGAGCAAAAGAGAUACUGUGACAGGAAAAAAAGUAAGUCUUUGAGAAGAGCUCAUAACCAGUGAAGCCUUAUGUACUUUUAGCUCAAAGAAGGCAUCUUUUUGAACUGACACUGUUUUAUCUGUGAAUGUGUUAGCUCAUGGUAAAUGUAAUGAUCUUGAUAUUUUGAUUUCCAGGUAUUGUGAAAAUUUGAGUAUAACCACUGUACUGUAAAGCAUACAUUUGUUGAAUUUUUUUUUACAAAUUCCCUUCUAAAAGCAUUCACUUCUUGAUUGAGGCGGAAAUAAACCAAAAGGACAAAUAAUACAUUAUAACACGUUUAUGGAUUUUGAGUGUGUAUUUCUUUGUUCUUUGAUACACAAAGUUAUGCAAACAAUGUUUGCAUCCCCUUGCUUCUCUUGAGAAAGUAUUCAGUGCUUCAUCUUUGCUGCCUAAGACUGGUGAGACUUCAUAAGACUUCCUGAGAGCCUGUGAAACUUGUGUAAUCACAUAUGAUAUAGGAGAAAUGUAGUGUUCAACCAUAUAGAAGAAAAAAGAUUAUAUGGAAGUGAAUGAAAUAUACUUUUGUUCCAAAGGGCAAAAAUAAACAGACUUGUACAAGUAUAUGUAUAAGGGUCAUUAUUUUGUAACAUGGAUGGCUUUUAAAAGAUUGCUAAGAAUUGUGCCUAAAGAUUUUAUAAAAUGUUUUCUACCUCUUGCAAAGCAGCUUUUCCCCCUGCUUAAAUACUUUGCAUAUUUCAGUUCUUUGUCACUGCUAAAAAGUGGGAAUUAUUUAAAGCUUCAUUAUUCUAGCCUGAAAUAGCACAGGAUAAAACUUAAGUUACUACUGUAAUCUUGUAUUAUUUGCUGGUUUCUAAGUUAUUGUAUUUCCACAUAUUUUCUCUGGACUUGUGUCUUCAAGGAAUGUGGUCUUUGAACAUGGGCUUAACAGAUGAAAUGUUUCUUGUAGAUAAGAUGAGUGUUGCAGAGGGGCUACUGAAUAGAAAAAUAUUUCUUUGUGGAAAGUCUCUGAAGUCUUCAGUACCUAUCUAACUACAUUUCCAUAAGCUAAAACAAAUUGUAUUCACUAAGUUGAAGUUAAAAGCUACCCACCAUAAUGCUAAGCUUAAAAGCUAACCAGAUAUUUCUAAAUGCAGUUUACUUUUGUUAAUAUAAAUAAUUUUGCAUGUGAAUUGGAAAUGAUUGGAAAUAAACAGUGUUUUAUGUUGAUUGUCUA